CAGAAGCCAGCAGUACCGGUACGGUACGACUACCGUCCAGCAUUGGUGCGCUUUUUGAAGCUAGGAGUGAAGAAGGACGACGACGACGACGACGAAGAGAACGAUAAUGAUCAAGAACAAGCAGAAGCACCGACCCCACCUCCUGUCGAAGCGGUGACAAAGCAAGAGACUUGUGCAACUACAAGUGAACCACCACCGUCAACACCUGCGGCGCCGCAAUUCGGGGGUUUCAUGUAUUCCUGAUCUUACUGGCGUCGUCCACUUUGUGGCCAACAAAAUGCGUCUCGCAGACCAGAAAUAUCUUUUGGAUGGCAAUGACCCAAAGAUGCUGAUUGUGCCAUGCAUGACUCUAAAAGAAGCAAAUGAGUGGAGAGGUGAAGGGUACCAAGCUGUGGUUUUGGCGGGCCUUCCGGACCUGACUGGUUCAGCGCCUCCCGCACGACGCCGAAAAACUCCCGGCAAGGGCUUUUGGAAGGGCAGCAAUGAACACGAAUGCUUUCCUCGAAAGAUAUGCGGCCACUCAACUCAAAAGGUGACCCCUGCACAAGAAAUGCAAAUGCUGGAAAAGGCUCGCAUCGGUCUACAGGAGGCUGUGUUGGGUCUAGCGCACUACGCCAAGCAAAUGGCGAGUGAUGCGAAAAAGGGUCUCUUGGAGGGUUUGCAAGAAAGUACGAUUGAAACGUUUGAGUCCAUUGGAACAUCUUUGCCUAAGGAAGCCCAGUUCCAAAGGCUCACGCGAAUCCUGAAAAGCCUGUGUUGUUUGUCAAGUUUGGGUCCUUGCAAGAAGUGCCAAAGGACCUCCAUCCUGCUCCGGAUCCCGAACUUUUGUUGUCGAAGGCAGCUACGAUAUGGGGAAAGAUGACUAAUUUUGCAACGAUUGCUAACGGGAGUAUGGCCGACGAUGAGGAGGAGGAGGAUAGUUUGG